AGAGAGAGAGAGAGAGAGCGAGCGCGAGCCCCUACGUCACUCAGCUCCAGAACGCUUUUAUUCGUCUUAGGUUGCGCGUCUGAUCAUCUGGUCUGAGGAGAGUCUGAUGCCCGGUUCCGUGGAGGAUUUCACUUCUGGGUCUGAGCUCAGCUUAAGUCGGUUAGUUCUGACUAGUUGCCUGUGGGAAGCCCGAGCUGAUCUGAGCUGGUCUGGGCUGAUCUGAGCUGGAGCUGUGAUGGAGGAGAAAGUGGCGAUGGCAGGAUAAGAAGGAUAAGAAUGGUUCUCCAGCUUGCAGUGGGAGACAUGCCUGCUGCGUUUGGACUCUGUGGCCCCCUGAUACUGAUACUGCAGCCCAGAUUGCGCUGAGGGCUUCGAGGAGGAGGAGGAGGAGGAGGAGCAGCAGAGGAGCUUCCCUUUCUUCUACCUGUCCGGUGUUUGGAGGAGGAGGAGGAGGAGGAGGAGGAGUAGUAGGGGGUUGGGAUGGUCAAGAGGGGUCUGCAGACGUCUGGCUUCAGAUUUGGCCGGCGAGCCUGCUAGAUCAGUGUCCCAAAGCUUCUGGCGCUGGAGCUGCUGGAGCUGCUGGAAGGCUUUGCUAAUGGGGGCAUGAGGAGGAGGAGGAGGGGAAGUGGUCGAGGUGGCGUUUGACCCAGUUGUUUUCGCCCGCUUACAUACAUACAGGGCGGCUUUGAGGGGGUCCUUUGGACCUUCUCCGUCUCAAGGACUAGUCCGGCUCGUCCAGUCCAGCAGACGUGGAAGUGGACGGUGGCCCAAGCCAGAGCAGGAGAAGCGCGUGAGACUGAGCCGAGCGAGCUGAUGAGAUGAGGUGCCCGUAGUCAGUCAGUCAGUCAGUCAGUCUGAGGGCUUUUCGACGAGAGUUUGACCACCAGAGCACCGAGAGACCGCUGGAGACGGACAACCAGGCGAGCUGGAGGGCGCCACGGUGGACACCAUGAAGCCUGACCGAGAAGCGGCGGAGGAGUUUUUUGAGUAUGACGCUGAGGAGUUCCUGGUGUCCCUCACGCUCCUGAUCACCGAGGGACGAACGCCAGAAUGCUCCGUGAAGGGUCGGACCGAGGGGCUUCACUGUCCGCCCGCCCAGUCCGGCAUGCCCAUGCUGACCAAACAUGAAUGCAGUGACAAACUGCCACAGUGCCGUCAGGCGAGGCGGACGAGGUCGGAAGUCAUGUUGCUGUGGCGGAAUCACAUCCCAAUCAUGAUCGAAGUGAUGCUGCUGCCCGACUGUUGCUAUAGCGAUGAGGGUUUGGCGACAGAUGGCACAGACCUGAAUGACCCGGCGAUAAAGCAGGACGCUCUGCUGCUGGAGAGAUGGACACUGCAGCCUGUACCCAGACAGAGUGGUGAUCGUUUCAUUGAGGAGAAAACCUUGUUGUUGGCCGUGCGCUCCUACGUCUUCUUCUCUCAGCUGAGCGCCUGGCUCAGUGCCUCCCAUGGCAUCGUCCCCAGAAACAUCCUCUACAGAAUAAGCGCAGCAGAUGAAGAGUUAAUAUGGAACUUCUCCCAAACCCCCUCCGAGCAUGCCUUUCCCGUGCCCAACGUGUCCCACAGCGUGGCUCUGAAGGUGCGGGUCCAGUCGCUGCCUCGACAGCCCAAAUACCCGGUGCUCAAGUGCAGUAUCCACUCUGGCCUGGCAUUCCUGGGCAAGCGGACUUUUGACCCUGGGGAAGGAGCCUUCCGUCGGCUCGAGCCAGUCGGAGACCCCCCAAACCCUCUCCGUCUGCAGGGAUCUCCUCUUUUCUGCAGAUCUCUGCGUUCCCCGCUGCCUCAAUGCAAAAGCAGCAGUCCUCAGACCCCCCCAAAAAUGACCAGCCCUCUGAACCCCCGUAAAUGCCCCCAGCGUCCUGAGUCACCCAUCCCACCUAACAAAGCCGUAAAGUGGCUGUACUCUCGAGCAAAUGGUGGAUUGGGUGUGCCACAAUCAUCUGAGGUCUACAGCUCAUGCUCCAAUGGUGCGGAAAGCUCCGGAAAGACAGAAACGUCUCCGAUUCGUGGAUUCAAAUCGCUCUCACUCAUCGACCCCUCAGUAUCGCCUAGCUCCAGUCCCCGCCUAAGUUCUGGAGGCGAAACGAACCCCCUUAUAGGUUCUCUCCUCCAGGAACGACAGGAAGUAAUUGCUCGCAUUGCUCAGAGACUAAACUUCUGCGACCCGACAGCUCCCCAUCUGCCGGAUGCGCUUUUCUCAGCACCUCGUGACCCGCUAGCCCCCAAGACAUCCUGGAACCCCUCCCCCCGGGAUGAGGGGCUGUUUAAAAAGACCAAAGACCCUAGCAUCCCCUACCUAACUCCACAAACACAUGAAAGAACUAGGCCAGAGGACCCAGAGCUCCCAGAGAGCUCGGGAUACCCAGAGAGGAGCCGGACUUCUCUCUUCCGCACUCCGCUUAGCCCCAGUAGCCGAACUCGAGCAGACCAGGCUGACCUGGAAGAGUCUGGGACCUCCAGGGCCAAACCCACAACUUGUCGGAGGCUGCUGCUGACCGAUUCGACAGAAGGAUCGCUGAUAGCAGAAGCGGUGCAGGAUAUAUCAAGGCUAAUCCAGGAGAGGCUCCAGCAAUCCCAAGAGCUUCUGCAAUCCACCUACAAACUGUGCCGUGAGCCAAUGACCCCAAAACCCUCCUCAGAAAACCAGAACCAAGGCCGGAGCCAAAAUCCCCAGAGCCAGAACCAGAACUAUCAGAGCCAAAAGCAGAACCACCAGCUAAUUGGUUAUAAUGUUAGCCAUGCUAAUGGCACCGUCUUCCCACCCCAUCCCAAUUCCACCACAGACAUUUCCAAUGGCGACUCGAGCACAGACCCUUACAUUUGCACAGAUACAAGAAGGAGGGGAGAUUCCAGGUCUUUGACCGGGGAAUGCUCAAAACCCGAAAAGCCUAGCAUCGUUAAAGCAAGAUCGCCAAUGCAGACCAGUCACCAACAUGCACAUAAUGCCAAAAAUGAGCCCUGGAGCUCUCUCAUCAACACCUGCAGCCCCAAGAGCUCCCAAAGCUUGAAUGGGGCGGUGGGUGCCGAUAACCUCAGAGAGUUCCAGACUGGACAAGAGAUACCCCGGGGGAGGAGAGUAGAGACGCAAGCUCAAGCCAAGUCCACCAUGCGAGGGCAAGAUGAGAAUCAGGACCCCUGGUCAUCCCUCUCCAGUACACCCACCAGCCUUACCCAGCGCACCCCGAGCCCAGACUCAGCCCACAGCAGCAACGCACACACCCCGCUGAGAAGCCCCGUCUCUCCAUUGAAGCCAUGCAGUAACUGGAAGAAGCAGAACAGGCACUCCAUCGAUGGAACGGCCACUAAAGCCUUUCACCCAUGCACUGGCCUACCCCUGCUCUCCAGCCCGGUUCCUCAGAGGAAGAGCCAGACCGGUUACUUUGAUUUAGACACGUCUCUGAUUCGCUGCAAAGGAGUGCCGUGGGCCGCCAGCAAGAGAGUGUGUUUGAAGAAGUCUGAAGACGCAGAUGAACCUCAGUGCCAGCUCCUGAGUGCCAGCGCCCCUCCAGCCAGUCUCAGUCUUCUGGGAAACUUUGAGGAGUGUGUUCUGAACUACCGUUUGGAGCCGCUGGGCACUGUGGAUGGAUUCACUGCGGAAGUCGGUGCGAGCGGAAGUUUCUGCCCCAGUCACAUGACCUUCCCAGUUGACGUGUUAUUCUACAGCGUCUCCGAGGACAACGCUCCUUCUCCCUACAUGGGUGUCAUAAACCUGGAGUCCUUGGGUAAAAGGGGCUACCGUGUGCCUCCAUCAGGAACCAUUCAAGUGACCUUAUUCAACCCCAAUAAGACGGUGGUGAAAAUGUUCGUGGUGAUGUAUGAUUUGAGGGAAAUGCCGGCCAGCCAUCAGACAUUCCUGAGGCAGAGGACCUUCUCCGUCCCCGUCAAACGUGAAUCCAACGGCCACAACAACAAGAAGCCCCUCCUCACGCUGGGCCAGGGGCGGACCCUGCGCUACCUCAUUCACCUGAGGUUCCAGAGCUCCAAAUCUGGAAAGAUCUACCUCCAUCGGGACAUCCGGCUUCUAUUCUCACGCAAAUCCAUGGAAGUGGACAGUGGUGCUGCCUACGAGCUCAAAUCCUUCACAGAAUCCCCCACCGACCCCCCUUUCUCCCCCAGAUGCUAAUCCAGUCUGAUCUAAUCUGAUCUAAAUGUAAUCUCACUCCAGCGUAGGGGCCUUACUCAGUCACAAUCCCUCUUAUUUUUUGCUUGUUAGGGAAAACCUAAAAAAAAAAACAAGUAAGAUUUACUCCCACAUGCACAUGCAGACCGCCAGCCGCAUUUCACCCAAACGAAAAAGGAAGAAAUACGAAACCUGCAUCUUCAGACCAUCGGUGCUUCGUUGUCCCCUCAUUUUAAAGCAGUGGACACACAUUUUUGUUUUUUUUUCGACAGAUUUUCUUGCAGUUUUAAAGCUCGUUUUCAGAGCUUUGGUGCAGAGAGAAGACACCGAAGUGGAGAAAAACCAACAUGGACCAUUUUUUUUCUAAAGACAAGAAGAAAAAAAAUAAAUAAAUAAUAAUAAAAAAAAAAAAAACAGUAACGACAACAAACGGAUCAACCCUGAAAGAAUAAACGACUGUGGAUAGAGCACUGUGUACCUCCACCAGAACUGGAAAAGAAAUGAGUAAUUUCUUUCUUUUUGUACUGUUACCGAACCACUUUAAUCGGAAGUGUUGCAAUAGAGAAAAAGAAUAUCUUAAAUAGCUUAGUGUUUACAUAUUUACUUUGUCAGUUAUUUAAUAUUUAAAUUGAUAUUUCAUUUACUGCACAUGUGACGCCUGUCGUGCUCAGCAUUAUGACGUAGUGCAAUAUGUUUCAAUCAUACUAUGUAUUUUUGACUUUAAUAUUCAGAUCUGAAAUAAAAGAAAUAUAUAUCUAUGAAACGAUC